GUUUUUGUUUGUUAUCGAUAGAUGGUGCAAUGUCAAAGGCAAGUAAAACUACCCGUGGCGUGAAUACUUCCUCGUCAGAAGGAGCAGUGUCAAACAAAGAUCGGUUCAAACAGACAAAAAUGGGAAACUAUAUGAGUGAUGAAGAGUCGCCGACACAGAGAGGACGUGCGAGAGGUGGGAGUAGACACAAUUUUGGUCCAUCAUUCUUUAGGAAAUGGAGUGACGAGGAUACAGAACAGUACAGAAAAGGAUACCCUGGGAAAAAGGACCACCCGAAUCAGAAAGAGAACCUGUUGUUCUACACAGGGCAGAUCAAGUCCCACCCUGACGGAGAUUACAUAGAAAACAUUCAUGAGAAUUGGUGGGGAAAUUUUAGGCUUCUGGAGUCCCACCAUGGCUACAUACAAUGGUUAUUUCCCAUUAGAGAGUCAGGCAUGAACUUUUAUUCACAAGAACUACAGCUUCAUGAAAUCAAGAAAAUCAUAGCAGAUAAGCCAGCCCAUGCACGUGUGCUCAAGUCGUACGAGAUGAUGUUGGACUUCUACGGUAUGGUGCUGGAGAGUAAAGAAACAGGUCAGAUCAAACGUGGUGAGGACUGGAAGUCACGAUUCCAGCAUCUCAACAGAUCAUACCAUAACUACUUGAGAAUCACCCGUAUUCUCAAAUCCUUGGGGGAGUUUGAUUACGAACAUUUAAAGCGGCCGUUUGUAGAGUUUGUUCUGCAAGAGGCACUGGAGAGUGGCAAGCUAGCUAAUGUACUGGAAAGUUGUGUCAACUACUGGAUAGGGACCAUCAAGGACGAUGAUGCACGGCAACAACUGAAAGAUUACGUUAGAAAAAUGGAGGGAGGAUAUGGAAUGGAAAACGCUCCCUCAGAUGAUGAGGUAGAGAUGGAGGACUCCAAACAGGUCCCUAAACAUCAGAAAGAACAAAGUGUAUCAACAACUCUGAAAGGUGAAAAAAGUGUUAAGGAUUCAAAUAAUUCAUCAGAUGUUGAUGUCGAAUUUAGUGAUUCCGAUUCCCAGGAGAUGAAAAUGUGGGCUAAAGCUGACUUACUUGGAUCAGCGGACGUGGACAUUGAAAACCGUGUGUGUGACAAUGAUGUGAAGGAAGGUCCAAUGGGGGGCUCAGUAGAGGGUAAAGAAGGUCCUCCAGAGGUUCCAGAGGACAAGGAAGGUGGUCCUGAGGAGGAAAAGAUGGAGGUAGAGCAGAACAGUAUGGGGGAGGAGAACACUCCAUCACAGAUUGGGGAGACACAGCCCAACAGUCUCAGUCAAGUUUGAACAGGAACAUGUGUGUUACAGUAUAACUUCAUACUUCAUGUUACAUAACUUUGUAAACCAUGUGAAAAAAACGUAAAUCAUGUAAAAAACAUUGUUAAUCAUGUGACAAAAUCUUGUAAAUCAUGUGACAAAGUCUUGUAAAUCAUGUGACAAAACAUUGUAAAUCAUGUGACAAAGUCUUGUAAAUCAUGUGACAAAACAUUGUAAAUCAUGUGACAAAGUCUUGUAAAUCAUGUGACAAAACAUUGUAAAUCAUGUGACAUAAAGCUUUGUCAAUAAUAU